AUGGGCGUGUUCAAGUCACUUAGCCUGUCACCGGCCAAGAAGGCAGGCGCAAAGGCCUUUCGUCGUCUCUUUGGACGCGUGUUGCCAGCUGGCGAAAGUGACAGUGCCACUGGCAGCGCAGCGACGAGCGAGAAUGGCAAGAACCACGACGAGACCAGCAGCAGUCAGAAGGACCUCAGCAAAGAAAACACGCGCGAUAACAAUCCAUCAACCCCCGGAUCAUCCACAGAACCUCGCGACAGCUCAACCACCCGCAACGGUCAGCAUCUCAUCACGACAAAGGCAGCCCCUUCGACAGAGGCGAUGGCAUCUCCGCAGAAGCAGGCCGCCGAGCGCAAUAAAGAGAACCAGCCACCGGACACAAGCACCUUGACCGACUCACUGGCUCGCCUGAACCUCGAUCGGGACAAUGUGACUGCGACUCCUCCCACGAAGCCCGCGGCCCCUACGGCACCGAUCUUUACGGAUCCUGCUGUGGUAGCCGAACGGGCGAUGCACAUGAAGUUCAUUGAGGAAGCCCUCGAUAUGGCCCGGCUUGCUCUUCGGACUAAUGAGACUCCCGUUGGCUGUGUUCUAGUCCAUGACGGAAAGGUCAUCGCCAGAGGCAUGAAUGCCACCAACGUCACGCGAAAUGGCACUCGACAUGCCGAGAUCAUGGCCUUGGGUGCCUUGUUGUCCUACCCGCCAAAGGACGGACCCAGAACCACAUCUCUACGACCGAAGGUUGAGGCCCCUCCCCCUUCAGCUGCGGCUUCCGACGCCUCUUCUGUGUCGUCGGUCGUGCCCGACGAGGGCAAUGAGGAUGGCUCCAAGGGACAUCUCUACCCCUACGGCCAAAAGUGCCAUCCCGACGAGCGAGUCGAUCGAUCCAUCGUUCGCGAGUGUAUCCUCUACGUUACCGUCGAACCAUGCGUCAUGUGCGCAUCUCUGCUGCGACAACUCGGGAUCAAGAAGGUCUACUUUGGUGCCGUCAACGACAAGUUUGGCGGCACUGGUGGUGUCUUUAGCAUCCAUGCUAAUUCUCUUCCCAUCAGCGCCGAUGGACAGACCGCGAGUGCUCAUCCUACCCCGAAGCCAACGCAACUCCCAGAUGGCAGUGGUACUCUGGGUGUCUCGUACCCUCCUGGUGGCGGCGAUGGCGGGAACAUUGAGUCGGGCUAUGAGAUUGAGGGUGGCUGGGGUCGCGACGAUGCAGUCGGUCUUCUGAGACGGUUUUACGUGCAGGAGAAUGGACGAGCUCCGGUACCUCGCAAGAAGGAAGGACGCGCAGCCCGUUUGGCGGCCAUGAUGGAGAAGGAUGACGAGGAGUCUCCAACCCCCGGUGCUGAUACCCCUGUGCCUGAAGAUGAGCCGACCGACUUGCCAACGGGGACGAAGGCUUUGGAGGACCCGACUCCUUUGGCAGAUCGUACCGAGGCUUAG